GGUGGUCCGUGUGGGAUCAUUGUAUUCUUCCUCCCUGUAUCUUCGCUCGUUCGCCACUCUGUUUCAGUGAGAAAAAACCAGCUCCCACGCGCGCAUCCGUCGACCCGCUGCCCCGGCGUCCCCCUCGCCGGCCCGAUGGCCAACCCGCGCCUCCUCCUCCGCAGGAUCCUCUGCGUCGCCGCCGCCGCCGCCUUCCUCUCUGCCCCCGUCUUCGCCAUCCGGAAGGACAUUGGUUUUGCUGCACCCAUCAUAUGCAGGACAACUGUUCAAGGACGGCAUUUGAUAUCAGAUGAUAACGGUUAUGUAUGUUCUGCCCUUUCGAUUGAUCCAUGGUCUCGCUGCUGCCCACAAACAGGAGAACGCUUCUCCUGUCAGGGCUGCAACCUUGAUUCGCAGUGCUGCAACUCUUACGAGUAUUGUGUUUCUUGCUGCUUGAAUCCUUCUAUGACCAAGGAAGCAGAUGUUCUGAAGUUGAAGGUAGCUAAGCCAGUCACUGCUGGAACUUACGCCAAUAUCUUCGAUUUCUGCAUGGGAAGAUGCCGCCAUAGUUCUGCAAGCGUGGUCCAUGAAAAUGCAUAUUUGAGUGAUUUCCAUCAUUGCUUUCUGGUGCAGCAAAAUUCAUCGGCAGGAUCAACUGAAUCUAAUUUUGGAUCAAGGUUGGAUGGCAUUAACGUCAUUUUGGGAAGGCAGGGGGAAUCAUGUAGUUCUGCAUGCAGAGCAAAAGGACAAUCAUGUGUUCCAAGCAGGCUUUCUGAGUUGAACAAAUGUCAGAUUUUGCAGAAAUAUAUGAGAUGCAAAAAUGGUUGCUUUCCCAGUCUUGGGCCCGAUCAACCUGCCGAAGUUGUAGACGAAGCUCCAAAAAAUUUGAAUCCUGGAGCGUGCUUGUACAUGCAGAUGGAUGACCGCCUCACCUGUGAUGGCUCACAUCAACAUACCCGGAGGCUCUGCCCUUGUGCAUGAAACGGGAAAAAAUAGCGUCAAUAGUAAGAAAGUCACUUGCCAGGAAACAAGCGGAGGUAAUCCGCCGAAAGCUGACGGCUCAAAAUGGCAUGGCCAUUUCUGCACCGAGUUUCCAAAUGGCGUAUCGCAUAAGAACAUAUUUUCGCUUUGUCCUGCGCAUGCAGUUCAUCUUUUGCAUGUCCAGAUGCAAUCAUCCUUGUCCAGAACAAGCAGCUUCUCAAACACUUAUCUUUAUAAUAUAUAUGGUCACAAAUUUGCAUGCA